CAGGACAAUAUUAGGGCUGUAAAUUUUGUAUUGUUGAGAUAUAUCUGCUUCAUUUAUUCCAUAUUCUGUUUUUAAAACUGAAAGAAGAUGCAGAACCCUAUGACCUCUGCUGCCCCUACUGGACUUAACCUGAACCAGGGAAUGCCUGGUGCCGCACAGGACCAAAGUGGGAUGAACCCAGUCCAAGCAUCGAUGCAGAACAUGUUGAUUAACAACCAACAGAAUCCGAUGGGAACGUUCGGUCAGAUGCAGAACUCAAUGAAUGGAGGGGGAGUAAAUGAUGACGAAGCAUAUCCAAGAACGCUAUAUGUUGGAAACCUGGAUUCACAAGUCACUGACAGUUUGAUCAUGGAGUUGUUUGGCGUCAUCGGUCCUUGCACAAAGUGUAAUAUGAUCAGAGAUCCGAGUGGAAUGAACGACAUGUAUUGCUUCAUUGAGUUUGCAAACCAUUCCUGUGCUGCUGCGGCAAUUACUGCGAUGAACGGCAGAAAGAUUUUGGGGAAGGAAGUGAAAGUCAACUGGGCAACCAGACCUGCAAACAAAAAAGACACAAGUAGCCAUUUCCACAUCUUUGUUGGUGAUCUCUCUCCUGAAAUUACUUCUGAAGAUUUGAGAAGAGCUUUUAACCAUUGUGGACCUAUCUCAGACGCAAAAGUUGUUCGUGACAUGCACACCAAUGCUUCUAAGGGAUAUGGAUUUGUUUCUUUCCUAAAGCAUGCCGAUGCCCACAAUGCCAUCGAAACAAUGCGAGGACAAAUACUUGGAUGCCGACACAUUAGAACCAACUGGGCAACAAGAAAACCUGGAGUUCCAGAUCAAAAAUUGGAUUUCAACGUCGUUGUGAACCAGUCAAGUCAGACCAACUGCACGGUUUACGUCGGUGGGGUGCAGACUGGUCUUACGGACAUGGUCAUGCGUAACCAGUUCCAGGGUUACGGACAAAUCCAGGAAGUGAGAGUAUUUCCUGAUAAAGGUUAUGCUUUUGUACGCUUGAGUAGUCACAACGAAGCCGCUCGUGCGAUCGUUGAUCUUCACGGAUCGACUAUUGAAGGAAAUAUCGUGAAAUGCUCGUGGGGAAAGGAAGGCGCCGGAACUGGAGGCUCAACAUUCAAUCGAUCGAAUCCUUCUGGUGGCAACUCAUGGAAUUCCGCAGAUAUGUGGAGUCAACAACAGCAACAACAAACGCAACCACAACAAUCCUUCGGGCAAUGGAAUGGAGCACAGUGGGGUGGAUACAACCAAGGUCAGCAGCAGCAAAACACAUGGGGGGGAACAUGGGACAACAGCCAGACCCAAGCGGCCGCAGCAGGAAUGAAUCAGUGGGCAGCAUGGGGUAAUAUGCAGCAGCCCCAACAACAAACCCCGCAACAACAGGGAGGCGAUGGAUGGGGUAACAUGCAGCAAACUAAUACGGCUGCAAUGUGGGGAAAUUGGAACCAACAACAACAGCCCCAGAUGAUGUCAAGUGGUUGGGGGGCAGGAGAUAACCAACAGCAAUCGCAAGAAUCGGGGAAUUUCGCCCCUCAACAGUAAAAAAAUCAACAACUCACUUCAGCCAGUCGAAAAACAGUAAAUAACUUUGAUCUUCUGCCAAGCCUGGGCCGAAUUUGAACUGUAUGUUCAUAUUCGGCUUAUGAUUGGCAUGUUGUAAUUUUCGACUCGGUUUUGGCUUGAUUCUUUUUUUUCUUGAUUGACAUGUACAGAAAUUUGUAGUAGCAUUCAUUGUAGAUAAUAAUUGUAUUUUGGGGGCGAAUGGGGUAAUGGACGUUUGGGUCAUGUUGUUAAAAUUCAAAUUUUUCGUUGCAGUGUGGAAAUACCUGUGUUCAGAUAAUUAAUUUUUUUUUUAUUUUUCAAAUAGAAUUUGUGGA